AUGGGUGGCUCACUAUCGCGCAUGUGGUCCCUGCUCUGGUCCAAGAAGGAGAUCCGCAUUUUGAUUCUAGGACUUGAUAACGCCGGAAAGACCACUCUGCUCUACAGACUCAAGAUUGGCGAAGUUGUCACUACGAUACCUACGAUCGGUUUCAACGUCGAGUCGGUCACAUAUAAGAACCUGAAUCUCAAUGUCUGGGAUCUCGGUGGCCAAACUUCCAUUCGCCCAUACUGGCGAUGCUACUACGCCAACACAGCGGCCGUAGUGUUCGUCAUCGACUCCACAGAUAUCGAGCGGUUAGGGACCGCGGCAGACGAACUAGCAGCCAUGCUGAAUGAAGAGGAACUUCACGAUGCAGCGCUACUGGUCUUUGCCAACAAACAGGAUCAGCCUGGUGCCAAGGGUGCAGGCGAGAUUUCAGAGGCUUUGAAGCUGGGAGAAUUGCGGGACCGGAACUGGAGCAUUGUCGCGUGCUCUGCUAUUGACGGCAAGGGUAUUAAUGAGGGAAUGGAUUGGCUGGUGCAAACAAUCCAAUCGGAGAACGCUUAA